AUGGCAGACGACUUGGGAAACCAAAAUGCUGAAGACUCUACUAAAAGUAAAGUCCCAAAAAGAAGAGGAUUACCACCAAUGUCACCAAAAUCUGCAGCAGGUGAUAAUGGUACUGAAAUACGACAGGUUAAGCGUAAGGUUAAGAAAAAACAAACUGAAAACGAGAUGAAUCAACAACCCAACAACAAGCUUGAGCCUGACGAAGCUGAAACUGAAGAAGCAGCAAAGAUACAGAAGGAACAGAAGCCAACACCAAGACGAAGACGAAAGCGGUCACCCAGUCAAGAUAAAACCACAGAUGAAGUUGCACCUGUAGCUGCUGUAUCAACUCCUAGAAAAAAGAAGAAAAAGCCACGCACAGAAAACACAGAGGACAAUAAAUCACAGAACUCUCUGACUGCUGAUGCUGCCCAGUUUAAGGAAGCACAAGGCAGUAAAACAAGUCUAAUUUCUAAGGAUGAAGGAACACCGCGCAAGAAAGCACAAAGGAAAAAGAAGAAGGCGAAAAAAGCCACUGUUGAUGGUGAUGACUUUGGGGAUACACCAUGGGCAGAAGAUCUGCGCACCAUGAGGGAGGAUAUUAUUGUAACAAAUGGCUUGAAAAAAGAUGAAACUGGAGAGCUGGGCACGAUUGGGGAAGAAAAGAAAAAGCAGCCUCUACAGUCCUUAUUAACCACUCCGAUUUUACGUAGCCAGCCACUGGAUAAAAUAUUUAUUGAAACAAGCAGCAGGUUUAAAGGAACAAGUAAAACUGUUCUCAGCAGACAGCGCAUUGAGGAAACAACUAAACCAGUGGAGCCUGUCAUCUUCACAAGAAAAACCACCAUCGACUUUGCCCUGGGCUCCCACAAAAUCUUCCGUGUGCUGACACUGUUCCUGCAUGGCCUGACCGCUGGUUUAGCCCUCUGGCAGAUGGUCAUGAUAUUCACUCUGUCUUCCUUCACCAGUGAUGAUUUUUUACUGCACUACUACCGCAUAUCUCUACCCCUGCAGUGCUCCUACUAUUUUUUGUUGAUACUGUGUACAGUAUCUAUGUGUGACAGAUUUGACAUAGGGAACCCGACACGGAGGUUUGUUCUCCGAGCGCUGACACUCCAGAAUGGGGCGGUGGCAAUAAUAUUCAGCCUGGUGGCUCUGAUCCUCACCAUCAUCUCCAUACGCUAUGAUGACAAGAUGUACUUGUACAAGGAGUUCCCUGACUUGUUCAAAGACAACAGUACCAAAACUUCCGACAUCUCAAGCUUCCAGUCCAUCAACACAGCCCGCAGUGUGUUUAUCAUGCUCUCCUGGUUGGUUCUCGCCAUCACACCCAACUCUGACAGGCUCGGCAAAAAUCUAAAGUCAGGGGAGACUGGGCUGGAGAGGGACUUAGAGAUGGACAAAGUGUCUUCAGCUUAAUCAAGACAGCUGUUGGUAGACAAUGUGUCUUCAGCUUAAUCAAGACAGCUUUUGGUAGACAAUGUGUCUUCAGCUUAAUCAAGACAUCUUUUGGUAGACAAUGUGUCUUCAGCUUAAUCAAGACAUCUUUUGGUAGACAAAGUGUCUUCAGCUUAACCAAGACAUCUUUUGGAAGACAAUGUGUCUUCAUCAAGACAGUUACAGAUAAGUUUAUACAUAUAUGGUUUCACCUUAAGCCAGACAUAUAAACUAAGUAUUUUACCUCAAUCAAGAAAGCUAUAUAUAGACAUGUCUUCAUCAAGACAGUUGUAGAUAAGUUUAUCCAGAAGUGUCUUCAGUGCAAUCAAGACAUGUACGGUUGGAGUAACAGAUAAGUUGACAUGGACAAAGAAUUCUCAGCUUUUCCACACCAGUUAGGUGGAAAUAAAAAUGUCUGUGGAACUUUGCCAAAUACUCACUGCAUCAAGUGAACAACUCAUUUUACACUGUCUGUAAGCAAAUGUAGCAUAAUCUAAAAGGUGUUUCUUAGUUUACAUUAUUGAAGGCAGUCCCUCAAACCUUUUUGAGGUUUACAUGAGGAAGAAACUAAAUACUAACAAGAAUAAGAUGCGCUUUCAAAAUUAAAUAAAACAUUAUAAUUAUAUUAAUUCAAAUGAAUGUGUCAUUAUUUAAGUAUAAGUAGUAAAGGUACAUUUUAAAAAGACAGUUUGGUGUUCGAUUCUAGACAAAUGAGCUGUUAUGCUGUGCUCUUUGAAACUUACCAGAGAGGGUAAAAUUCUGGAUGUUUUAUCAUAAAUGUGUUUGUUUUGGUAAAAAAAAAAUACCCAAAUAAACUUGCUGUAACAGUUCAAGGUUCAUGAAGUAAAAUAAUAUCCAAAUUUUCCAAUAGCAACAUUCCAUAUUGGACUAGAAAUUAGCCAGCCUUUCAAUUUACUCUAAAGUUAAUUAUUUCCCUUGUGUGAACAUUAAUUUAAACAGUAGAUUCAUGGAAGCAAAGUUGUCAUUGUACAUCCAUCACUAAAUUAAUUCAUUUCUUGUACGAGUAUAUCCACUGUAUCUAAUCUCCACUCAUUUCUCAAUAGACUCAAUUUACUAGUGAUAUUGAUGUUAGUGAAAGUGUGAUAAUAGAUGUGUAUUAAAUAAAAAAUUUAAAUGUUUACAGUGAUUUAGAAUUUGUUUCAUUAGCAAUAUUUAGGGCUUGUAUUUGGCAUGUCCGUGUGGGUCAUGUGACUCAUUACACCAGGGUUUUAGGUUGAAUUCCUUAUCAGGUCUGAAUUUCAAAAGACAUGCACAGAACAUCAUAAUGCUCAUCCAGUUGGUACCCAGCAUUAGUUGGAUUAUGACAUAUCUUAUUGUCUGCCCUGAAAUUGGAUCAAACAGCCAUGUAAUCAUACAGCCAUGUAUUUAUACAGCUGUGUAAUCAAACAGCCAUGCAAUCAUAUAGCUGUGUUCCCUCAGACAUGCUAGCCAAUGUGUUACAAAUCAUGUCUUUUUUCUAUUAACUUUAGGAUUUUUAUGUACCUCGUGUCAGCUUACAAAUAAUUUGUCUUGUUGGUUUUGAAUUGAGGUGUUGCCAACACUUUUCUAUUGAUCAUUAUUGCUUGUCCGAUGUCCUGACCAGUUGAUGACUAUUGAUGAUGUGCCUUAAAGCUGUUGAUAUCUAAAUUUUGUUUACACAUUUUACAAUAAAAUAUUUCAAUGUUGUGCACAGCAACUUUUUAGAUCAAAUAAUGCUAUUUUUUUCAAAUGCCAUAAGUAUAGUUAAACUUAUAUAAAUUUAUUAAUACUUAUGUAGGUUUUAUAUUAUUCCGUCCAUUACCGUGCUAAGCCAACUUAAACUUAAAUAUUUUAAACUAAACUCUCAGAUGUACAUAAUAUUUUAAUAUUAACAAUCUUUAGUCUAUUAUCUUUUCGGUAAUAUGUUGAUUUUCCGGCUACUUAUAUUUUAUUGAAUAAUUUAACUUGCUUCAAUUGAUUUAUGGAAUUGAUCAAAGAGAUUUUGGUUGGUGCAGGCCCACUCAGGUGGAGAUUGCAACUGUUGUUUUUUUUUCAACAUAAAAUCCUGAUAAUUUGAUUUUUUAUAUGAUGAUCUGAUUUUUUAUAGUAAUGUUUUUUGACAUUAAAACUCAUGGUACGGCCUUCUUCUGUUAGUUAACAUUCAAUUUCAUAAUUUCAUUUUUUAAAUUUUGAAGCUGUUUUUUUUUAAUUUACUUACAAUCUUGUCAUACUAUUUAAGUUAAAAUAUGUCUUAUUGUUUUAAUGUAUCAAUAAUACUUAUGUAUUUUAUAUAAUAAAUUUUUAUGCAAAUAAUUUAUUUUAAUGUUCAAUUAGAUUAUUAAUUUCUGAUUGUAACAUGUUUGUAUUAAACAUUGCUUAUAUCUAUUGCGAGGGAUUGUUAUUUUUCAAGUUUUAUAAUGUAAGCUUUCAAAAGUCAUUUCUUCUUACUAUUUUGUGAUUGAGUGGAUAAAUUGACUUUUUUUUCAGUUAUUUAAAUUGACAAUAUGGCAUUAUUUAUGGUACAAGCAAACACAUUUUCUCCACCAAGGGAGAUAAACAGUCAGAAUGUUUGAACAGAUCAAUACUAGUUUCCCUUGUUUUACUGUAAAUGUUGGCCUACAAAUCAGACUUCACAGAGAAGAGUGAUAGUAAAUGACAGACUGGAUAAGUGAUGAUGUGUAUGGUGUGACUGGAUCAUGUACACAGUAGG